AUGUGGAGGGAUGGUACCGUGAAGUUGCAUGCUAGAAAUGUCUAUAGCUGUGACUCAAUUGUGGCAAGAGCUGCAAGUGAUGCCAAUCCAGCUGCAAACAAGGCCGAAAGAAGACCACAAAUGGAUACUUGUUUUUCUAUGAUUAAUAGCACGACCGAUCAAACAGUGCUGCUUGCCUUGCAAUCUCAAGCAUCUUUAUACGAUUCUCACAAUGUCUUAACAAGAAACUGGUCCAGUUUCACCCCAGUCUGUAGUUGGAUUGGAGUUACUUGUGGCCCUCGCCACCAAAGAGUCACUGCCUUAAAUCUUUCUAGUAUGAACCUUAACGGAAUGGUUCCACCACAGCUUGGAAAUCUGUCGUUUCUCAUUUCCCUCGAUAUCAGAAACAAUACCUUCCAUGGGAGUUUGCCUGAGGAGUUGGCUCGUUUGAGGAGAUUGAAAAUGAUCAAUGUCAUGAACAACAACUUUACUGGUGCAAUCCCAUCAUUUUUUGGGUUGUUACCAAACCUUCAUUCCUUGUACCUUUCAUUUAACCAAUUUUCUGGUAACAUCCCUCCAUCCCUUUUUAAUAUAACAAAACUAAAGGAGUUAAGACUACGAGGGAAUUUUCUUGGUGGAGAAAUUCCUCAAGAAAUCAGUAGUCUUUGUUGCUUGAAUUUCAUAGACCUGCAAGAUAAUAAGCUUACAGGCUCUAUACCACCAAGUAUGUUUAACAAAGUCAUCGCUUAA